AGACGACAGACAGCGGAAACUUGACCUCUGGGCUGGGGAGUGGCUCUUGCCUCCUGCCUGGUGCUUAUAAACCUCAGCCCUGGGACGCCGCUCGCCGCACCCCAGCUCCCGGUCCCGGUCAGCCCUGUGAAGUCAUUGUCAGCAACAGCCCUGGGAUCCUGAUGGCAGCUGAGCCAUUGACGGAGCUGGAGCUGGCCAUUGAGACGGUGGUCACCACCUUCUUCACCUUUGCAGGGCAGGAGGGCCGGAAGGGCAGCCUCAGCGUCAAUGAGUUUAAGGAACUGGUCACUCAGCAGUUGCCUCACCUGCUCAAGGAUGUGGGCUCCCUGGAUGACAAGAUGAAGAGCUUGGAUGUGAAUCAGGACUCGGAGCUCAAGUUCAACGAGUACUGGAGACUCAUUGGGGACCUGGCGAAGGAAAUCAAGAAGGAGAAGAUCCUGGAAAUCCGGAAGAAGUAAAGCCAGUUGGCUGGGAUGGGGGGCGGGCAGGCAGGCCUGUGUGUGAGGGCACCUGGUAGAACCCCACUCCUCCCAAAUAAAGCUUCCAUUUGGAACUCAAA